AUGUACCACGAUAAACGCUUUCAGCUCGAUCCUCUUUUUCCGAUUGUUGCCUUUAAUCAGGAGCAGAUAUCCAAAGCAAAUCUCGGCGGUUAUCUACUCUCAGAUAAAAAAAUGUUUGCAUCCGUAUCUCAAAGAGUACUGUCUCUUGACACUACUGUCCUCGAUUCCCUCAUAACUCGUUUAAGCUCCGGUGAGUAUGUCGAGUCAUCAAAUGAGGCAGAAAAAGAAUGCUUUCGUCUUUUGAAUGAUCUAGAUCAUGUUGCCGGUAAAGUACAGGGGUCCCGCACGGCACAAAAGUGGAAACGAAGUGAAGCAUGGUCAAUGAUUACACACCUGGGAGCCCCGAGUUGGUUUAUCACAAUAGCGCCAGCUGACCAGAAUAGCCCUUUAUGUCUAUCAUUUGCCUCACCUUCGUCCUCGGAGCACUUUGUAGCCGAUGUACUAACACCGGAGCAGAAGGUGAAACUUGUAGGGAGGAACCCGGUUGCCAGUGCUCGGUUUUUCCAUAUCGUGGUCACACUUUUUAUCAAGCACGUUUUGGGGCAAGGUGUCGAUCACGAUGGUUUAUUUGGCAGAGUAUCGGGUUAUUACGGGACCAGACCGAAUACUCAAUACUCAGUCAUUGUUCCAGCAAGAGCUUGUGCAGUACCUAGAAGCAGCCCACAUGGGUGA